AGUGAAUCUCUCACCCCCCCCCCCCCACUUUCUCUCUUAUAACAAUAAAUGUCACUGUAGUAUACUUAUAGGAUUAGAUGUCUGUUAUCUUCUAUAUGUAGAUGCAUAUAUAUAUAUAUUUGCAUGUAUGUAUAAUCUUGAGACAUCAACAACUUCUUUUUUAGCUUUGUAUAUGUAUAGACACAAACGAAAUUUGUGAGCUUUGCUAGAAGGGAACUGCUGUCAUCCUCAGAAAAGAAAGAUUGUAAUUACUUGGGGCAGAGUCUAAUAAUGCCUACUAUUGCUAAACAUGAUGGCCGGCAGCUGGAGACCGGGCUGCGAAUUACCUCACAAUCAACUACCCAAAUGCAACCAUGGUGGCAAGGUUAUGGUGAUAAUACUACGCCUUUGACAAAUCAAAAUGGCGUUGCCCAGGGGAAUGCAGAAGGUGGCAACAAGGAAAAAGAAACAAAGGCUCUAGCCACAGAAUCUGGAUUAGAUGGGAAUAACGAGCAAUACAAGCAGCACCUCAAGCAUAUUGUACCCACAACUGCUGCCAUCAUGGGUGAGCAGCAGAAGGAACUCACAGGUCAUUCAGCUAUGCUGACGUCAUAUCCAUAUCCAGAUAUGCAGUACGGGGGAAUGAUGACUUAUGGCGCACCUGUACAUCCUCACUUAUUUGAAAUUCAUCAUGCCCGAAUGCCUUUGCCUCUUGACAUGGAAGAGGAACCUGUCUAUGUGAAUGCAAAACAGUACCAUGGAAUUUUAAGGCGAAGACAGAUAAGAGCUAAAGCAGAGCUUGAAAGGAAAGCUAUCAAAGCGAGAAAGCCAUAUUUGCAUGAAUCUCGGCAUCAACACGCUAUGAGAAGGGCAAGGGGAUCUGGAGGCCGUUUUCUGAAUACUAAAAAGCUCAAUGACAUGGACUGUACACCAGAGGAGACUAAAAAAUAUGGGGCAACCGUUCCAACUCACUCUGGCAACUCGUCAGGUUCCGGGAGUUCUGAUCAAGGAGGAAAGGAAGGCUCUACAGUUCAAGACAUGCACAAAGGACACAGCCACAUUUUCUCAACAGGCAAUGGCCAUGGAUCAUCUGUGUAUUUUGCCCCGAGCACUGGAAGUGAGCAAGGGAAUGGCCCCUAUGGUCGUGGAAAUUGGAGCCUGCUGGUCAAUCAGGCUUCUCGGGGGGCAGCAUCCAGUAAUUAGAAGCUACUCUCCACUGACGAAGGGUUCAGCCCAGCAUUUUCUCAUGCCACGUGUUCAUUUCUUGCAUCGUACAUGCGAGGUAACCUCACUGUGGCAUAGCUUUGCUCAGGCAAUUCAUUCUUGGCUUGGUUACUUGUACUUUAUGAGCGGCGAUGACGCAGAAAAGAGUAUAUAUGGUGAGUAUGAUAUGUUACGAAUUCGCCAUUUAUUUGUCUUUCCCCUCACCCUUUAUGUAAAUAAAGAAAAAUAUGUCAGAAUGUAGGAUUAAUAGUAGUUUGGAAUCUGAUACCACAAAGUACUGCAGCAUCUUGGACGUGUGGCUAUUUGUUGGAUGGGUUUGUAAAAUUGACAUACUGUGAAGUUGCUUUUCUGUUGUUUGCUUAAUUUUCCAAUGAGGAUCUGCAAUCCUUGAACAGCUUAUCACCAUUGAAUGGUUAUGCCCUUUUAUCUAUUAAAAUAA